AUGAAGCUGUUCAACCCCAUCAUUCGUUACCUUGCCAUCGUUGCACUGGUAACUCGUCUUGCACUAUCCCUGCCCUACCUUGAAGAAGAAGUAAAUUGGAAUCUCAAUCAGAAUCAGACAGCGACAGACCCUCUCGACUACUCGGGUCUGUGGGAUGGCCAUACCUACAACCCCUCACCGGACAACUGGCGGUUCCCUUUCUACACCAUCUUCCUCGACAGAUUCGUGAACGGUGAUCCGAGUAACGACGAUGCGAAUGGUACGCAGUGGGAACACAUCCUGACCUCCAACCAGUUCCGCCAUGGCGGCGACGUGCUUGGUCUGGUCGAUACUUUCGACUAUCUUCAGGGUAUGGGGAUCAAGGGCGUUUACCUCGCUGGCACACCGUACAUCAACUGGCCCUGGGGUGCGGAUGGAUACUCGCCUCUAGAUCUGACGCUCAUGGAUCAUCACUUUGGGACGAUCGAAGACUGGCGCACCAUGAUAUCAGAGGCUCAUCGACGGGGCAUCUACGUUCUGUUCGACAAUACCUUCGCGACCAUGGGCGAUCUUGUCGGUUUUCAGGGGUUCUUGAACAGGUCCGCGCCGAUCAACCCCAACGAGUAUGACUAUGUAUGGAAGUACGAUCGUCGAUACUGGGACUUCCAGCCCGGAAACGAGGUCGAGGCCGAAUGUCCCUGGGAGUAUCCGCGGUUCUGGGAUGAUGACGGAACUGGCUUGACCACCACAACUCUAGGUGCUUCGUGUCGGAAUAGUGAGUUUGAUCAGUAUGGCGAAGUCGCGGCGUUUGGCAACUACUCCGAAUGGGAAGGGCAGAUCUCCAAGUUCGCCUUCGUGCAGGACCGUCUGCGCGGAUGGCGACCGGACGUUCUCGCGAAGAUCAAACAUUUUUCGUGCCUGACCAUCCAGAUGCUGGACAUCGAUGGCUAUCGCGUGGACAAGGCUCUGCAAGUGACCCUGGACUCCUUGGGCGAGUGGUCGGAGGCGAUGCGCGAAUGCGCCCAGGAGGUGGGCAAGGACAACUUCUACCUCCCCGGGGAAAUCGUGGCGGGAAACGCCUUUGGCUCGCUGUACAUUGGUCGCGGUCACCAGACAAAUCAAACCAUCUCCAACAUGACGGAAGCUUUCAUGAUGACCAACAAGACAAACAAUGCAACCCGGGAUCUUUUCUUGCGACCGGCUGAAAGAUCCGCCUUGGACGGGGCUGCUUUUCACUACACUUUGUAUCGUGGGUUGAGUCGGUUCUUAGGGUUGGACGGUGUUUACACGGCUGAAGGCGAUCCACCGGUUAACUUUGUAGAAACCUGGAAUGGUCUUGUGCAGACAAACGACAUGGUUAACACGAUCACCGGUAAAUUUGACCCCCGUCACCUGUUCGGUGUCACGAACCAGGAUGUCUUUCGGUGGCCAGCGAUUGCCAAUGGCACACACAAGCAGAAUCUCGGAAUGUACGUUGUCUCGUUGCUCAUGCCCGGAAUCCCUAUCCUCUCCUGGGGCGAGGAGCAAGCUUUCUACGUCCUGGACAAUCAGGCGGAUAACUACAUCUUUGGCCGUGGACCCAUGUCCUCCGCACAAGCAUGGCAAAUGCACGGAUGCUACAAGAUCGGAGCGUCCAAAUACUACGACAUGCCGUUUGAGAGCGCCCUGACCGGCUGCGAGGACGACUCCGUCAGCCUCGAUCACCGGGACCCCUCGCACCCCGUGCGGGGCCUCAUCAAGCUGAUGUUCGAGAUGCGGCAGAACUAUCCCGUGCUGAACGACGGCUGGUACCUGCAACAGCUGUCCAACCACACCUUUGACAUUUAUCUGCCUGGUAGUGACGGGACGCCGACCGAGACAGGCAUGUGGAGCGUACUGCGCUCGCGCUUUGCCGACAUGCAGAAUUUCGACGGGCAGGGCCAGGGCAACCAGAGUGUUUGGUUGUUGUAUGCGAACGAUAACCAAACGGUCCAUCACGAAUUCAACUGCAGGGCCAAGGACGCGUUGAUCUCGCCGUUCCCCGCGGGCACCACGGUCAAGAACCUCUUUCCGCCGUUCGAUGAGUACACGCUGGUCAACAGUUCAAAGACGCUUGGGUUGGAAGGGUCGAAGCUUCCGAAUGGGUGUUAUCCUAACCUUACAAUGCCAGCAUGGGGCUUCAAGGCCUUCGUCCCGAAGAACAAAUUCGUGCAGCCUUCGCCGUACAUCACAAGCUUCACCCCGGGUCAUGACGCGCGUCUCGUGCCCAACAGCACCGCUGGCGACACUGUGCGGAUCGGCUUUGAGUUCUCCCAGGAGAUGGAUUGUGACGAGAUCACUAGGUCGCUGACGAUUGCGUCGAAGGCGCUCGACGACGAGAUUCCCAAGCUGGACAACAGCUCCGUCUCGUGCAAAUCCUUUGCGGAAAAAGACGUGGCAGGUUGGCCGGGUGCACUCACUAGUGUUUUCAGCUACGAGGCCGACUUGUCGAACGUGUACCCGGGAGUUCAUCAAGUCACUGUUAGCAAUGUGACCACAAAAAAUGGAAACUCAUCCACCAACUCCGUCGACCACUUCCUUUUCCGCGUCGGAAAGCUAGACAACCCCAUGGUCUGGCCGCAAGUAGCCAACUACAGCCGAACACUCCUGUUUGAAGUCCCAUCCUCUGAUUCAGGGGCUCUAUCCGUGCGGCCACAAGCCCCUGGUGCAGACAAGUGGCGUUACUCGCUGGAUUUUGGUGCCACGUUCAGUGAUUGGAUGACUUACACCGGGUUCAACACUUCGAUCCCCAGCAAGAACUUCAGCGGGCCCACGCGACAAGCCUGGGACGGGGAGCACAUCAUCGCCCAGUACUGGAGCAAGCUGGCCGGAAGCAGUGAUCACUGGCAGCACGGCGACAGCCAGUGGGAGUACAGGCCCCCGCGGCGCUUCCCCAACCUCUUCAUCGAGGGCGAGUUCAACCAGUUCGGCUACGACGCCGGCUACUCGAAUAAGAUGACUCUCAGCAACCUCACCGGUCGGUGGGAGAUCAACUUUAUGGGCGAGUGGCCCGUCCAGGUUGCCUUCAAUGCCUGGGGCAUCAACGAGGACGGAACGCUGGAUCAGACGCAGGUCUUUGGGGAUCUCGAUGGCGACAACGUGCUGGAUCAGGUGCCCCCUAUCACCCUGCUAAGCAAUGUCUUCAACGUCACCAUCCCGCCCCCAUCCCCAUAUCUGUCCUUCAAAUUGUCCGUGGAUGACAGCGACCUCAGGGUCUACGCCACCCCGACGGGGUCGCGGUGGGUGCAGCUGGCCCUGUUCAUCCUGUUGGCUGUCCUUCCUAUCUCGACCGCAAUCGGCGCGGUGUACAUGUACCUGAAAGCGUUCUACCAGGUCAAGUUCAACCAGAUCGGUGUCACGGAGAAGCGCUCGAGCUUUGCACCUCUCAUCGGUGUCUUCCAGAAAAGGAGCCGUCCUUAUGACGGCGAAGCGAAUGCCGCCGCGAUCGGUCGCGCGAAUGUCAGUCCGUCUGUGUCUGACAGCGGCAGCGUCAUCGGUGCCACGGUGGAUGUCCGCCGACGCACCGUGCUUAUCGCUACAAUGGAGUACGACAUCGAGGACUGGGCCAUCAAGAUCAAAAUUGGUGGACUGGGAGUGAUGGCACAGCUGAUGGGCAAGCACCUGUCGCACCAAGAUCUGAUCUGGGUGGUCCCCUGUGUGGGAGGGGUGGAUUACCCCCGCGACGAUCCGCAGGAGCCCAUGGUCGUCACUGUACUUGGGAACAAGUACCAAGUCGAUGUCCAGUGCCACCGGCUUCACAAUAUCACAUAUGUUCUGCUCGACGCGCCCGUCUUCCGGGCCCAGUCGAAAUCCGAUCCGUACCCCGCACGCAUGGAUGACCUGGAUUCCGCUAUUUUCUACUCUGCCUGGAACCAAUGCAUUGCAGAAGCCAUCAAGCGGUUCCCUGCUAUCGACCUCUAUCACAUCAACGACUACCACGGCGCAGCCGCCCCCCUCUAUCUUCUCCCUCGCACGAUCCCAUGCUGUCUGUCCCUCCACAAUGCAGAAUUCCAGGGCCUAUGGCCCAUGCAAACCGUCCAACAGAUCCAAGAAGUGUGCAAGGUGUUCAAUCUCGACCAGGCCGUGGUGAAGAAGUACGUGCAGUUCGGGGAUGUGUUCAACCUCCUCCAUUGCGCGGCCAACUACCUCAAGAUCCACCAGAACGGGUUCGGCGCUGUGGGUGUCUCCAAGAAAUACGGCAAGAGAUCCUACGCCCGGUAUCCGAUCUUCUGGGGACUCAAGAGCAUCGGUGCUCUUCCCAACCCAGACCCCUCCGACCUCGCCGAGUGGGAUACUAACGCGAAUCAAAAUCCGGAGGAGGUGACUAUCGAUGCAGAGUUCGAAGCCAGCCGUGCCCCGCUCAAAAGACAGGCGCAGGAAUGGGCCGGGCUCAAGGUGGACCCUGAAGCUGAGCUGUUCGUCUUUGUCGGACGGUGGUCGAUGCAAAAGGGAGUAGACCUGAUCGCGGAUAUCUUCCCCUCGAUCCUCGACGCUCACCCCAAGGUUCAGCUGAUCUGUAUCGGGCCGGUCAUCGAUCUCUAUGGACGCUUUGCUGCAUUGAAGCUGAACCGGCUCAUGGAGCUGUACCCCGAUCGCGUGUAUUCCAAGCCGGAGUUCACGGCCUUGCCGCCGUUUAUUUUCAGUGGUGCGGAGUUCGCUCUGAUUCCUUCGCGUGAUGAACCCUUUGGCCUGGUGGCUGUGGAGUUUGGGCGGAAGGGUGCUUUGGGUGUCGGAUCACGCGUCGGUGGUCUCGGACAAAUGCCUGGAUGGUGGUUCACGAUUGAAUCGAUGACAACCAAGCACCUCACCCACCAAUUCAAGCUGGCUAUCAACGAUGCCCUGCGAUCUUCCCAAGAGACACGAGCAUUGAUGCGCGCCCGGUCCGGCAAGCAGCGCUUCCCUGUAGCGCAGUGGGUCGAGGAUCUCGGCAUUCUGCAGACCACCUCGAUCCGGAAGCACGAGAAGCACUCCAAGCGCAACGAGCGCAGCUCCUGGAGAAUCUCCAGCACCAGUACCUUGGUGCCCGAUCGCAGUCGCAACAUGCACCUCUCGUUGAGCCCCGACACCAGUCGCGAACACAGCCGAUCCCGCAGCUCGACCAUCUCACGCCCGCCCAGCCGGGCGAUCAACGCCGAUCUGCGACCCGGUGCACCCCGACCCGGCCACAGCCGCGUGCCCUCACUGCCCGCAAUCCUGCCUUCCAACCUGAGUCUGGCCAGUAACGAUCCUGACACCGACACCGAAGCAAGACGUCGACCCUUAUCCUCGAUUCCUCGCGCAGGACCUCGGGUGGUGUACUCUUUCGAGAACGAGGGCGAAGAGCUCGAAAACAUGUCGGUGGCACCGCACACCCCUCCCCACUUCGCCAACUCGGGCGCCAGCACCCCAACCCUGGGCGCCGGCCCCGAAGACGGCUUACUGGGUCGCAGACCGAACCUGUCCAUGAUGAGUCUCGUCAGUGUCGACGACAUCGUCAAGGAGAAACAGGACUACAACCUCCAGAAGGUCAGCCCCUUCUUCACGGACGUCAACAACGAGUACGCCGACAAGUUCGAGAAGAAGCUGGCCGACCUGAACGGCAAGAACUCCGAGGACCAGCUGUGCAUCGAGGAAUUCCUCGAGAAGAGCGAGAAGGACUGGUUCAAUCGCUACCGCGACGUCAAGCUGGGCAAGUCGCCGCUGCCCUCGCCCUCGCCCUCGGUCUUCCGCUUCAAGGUCAAUGACAACAGCCCCCCGCCGACUCCCGGGUUGAUGGGUCCGGUGGAGGAUCCGAAUGCGGGCCAGUUCCUCCUCCCCAAGGACUAUGUGCCCCCCACGGGGUUAAAGCGGUUCAUGUUGAUGAAGAUCGGCGAUUGGCCUGUUUAUUCGAUUGUUCUGGCCAUUGGUCAAAUCCUCGCCUUGAACUCCUAUCAGAUCACGCUUCUGAAUGGGCAGAUCGGAGAGACGGCAGAGAAGCUGUACGCGCUCGCAUCCAUCUAUCUGGGGUCGUCGAUUGUAUGGUGGAUGGCCUUCCGACUGAUGCCGUCGGUCUAUGUGUUGACCAUUCCUUUCCUGAUGUACGGGUUUGCCUUUCUCUUCGUCGGUCUCGCCGGUCCCAUCUCCGGCGGUGCGAGCCAAACCUGGCUGCAGAAUGUGGGAACGGGGUUCUACUCGUUUGCCUCUUCGAGCGGAUCGAUCUUCUUUGCUCUCAACUUUGGAGAUGAAGGCGGAGCGCCGCUUAGCUCCUGGAUCUACCGAGCCACCGUCAUCCAGGGCAGCCAGCAGCUAUGCAUCAGUUUCCUCUGGUACUGGGGUAGCUGGAUGGCUAGUCUCAACCAAGAGGGCAGCACGCGAUUCAGCCUCAGCAUGACCAACCCGCACGCAUUGCUCGGGAUUGGCGUCGGUCUCGCGUGUUUCCUGUGGCUGCUGGGAGGCUUGGUGUUCUUUGGCCUGCCGUCGUAUUACCGCCAAACGCCCGGACGAGUACCGACAUUCUACCUCUCGCUCUUCCGGCGUCGCAUCGUUCUUUGGUUCUUCUACAUGGUGUUCAUCUCGAACUACUGGCUUUCGGCCCCGUACGGUCGCAAUUGGCUAUACCUCUGGUCCAGUAAACACGCCAAGGUGUGGCACAUUGUGCUGCUGGUUCUCCUCUUCUUUAUCGGGGUCUGGGCAGCCGCCCUGUGGAUCUGCCACGUCCUUUCCAAACGACAUGCCUGGUUCCUUCCGAUCUUCGCCAUUGGUCUCGGCGCCCCGCGCUGGGCGCAAAUGCUGUGGUCUACCUCCAACAUCGCAACGUAUAUCCCCUGGGCGGGAGGUCCAGUGGCCGGGGCCAUCCUUGGAAGAGCCUUGUGGCUCUGGUUGGGAGUGCUGGACAGUCUCCAGGGUGUUGGAUUCGGAAUGAUCCUCCUCAACACCAUGACCCGCUUCCACGUCACCUUCACCCUCCUGGCGGCGCAGGUGGUCGGGUCGGUGGCGACGAUCCUGGCCCGGGCCACGGCGCCGGAUAAGCUCGGCCCCGGCAACGUCUUCCCGGAUUUCUCGGCGGGUGUGGCCACCGGGCUGAGCAAGGCCGACUUUUGGGUGUGUCUGUUGCUGAUGCUCUCCAUCAAUGUGCUUUGCCUCUUCUUCUACCGCAAAGAACAGCUUUCGAAACCUUGA